AUGAGCGAAAAGGAAGUUUCGUUUGUGGAUUUGACGGCUGACGAGUCACGUGACGAGAAGGACGAGGUCGAUGUUGCUUCUGUGUCACGUGACGAUGCCAUUGACGUGUCCGAGGUUCAGGAUGCCUUGGAGCAGAUUGAUUUGGAAGUUGAGGGAGAGGAGGAAGCGGAGGCUGGCGGAGAUGCCGGCCAUGAUGUGGAGGAGGAGCUGGAGGAGCAGGGGUCACGUGACGAACCCGAGGCUGUGGACGAGUCACAUGUCAAAUCACAUGAUGAGCUGGUCGGGGAAACGGAGGACACUACGGACAUCAAGGAAGACGCCAACGGAACCGACAAACUGUCAAUUGACCCUAGUACCAGACAUCAGGACUCGCCAAUUGCGCUGGAAACCAAAGAGGUGCUUGAAAUGACCGAAGAUGGGGACGUGGAUGAGGAGGAGGUUGAGGAAGCUGUUCAGAAGGAGGAGGCUGAGGUUGACGCCAUGGAGGACAAUGCAGCUGCCGACGACGAAGCUGAUCAUCUGGCCGUUCCCGAGGCACCCCAAUCCGAGUCUUCGUUCGGAGAAUUUGCAUCCGAAGACGAGUUUGGAGACUUUGAUGAUUUCGAGGAGAUGCAGGAGACUGAAGCUGUUGAAGCCCAGCAAGUUCCGACGCUGGAUACGUCACGUGAAGAGACCCCGAUGGCGUCUCAGACGAAUCUGUCAAUGCCCCAGGCUUCCCCAUCGGUCAAAUCUGUGCUUGCAGACGACUCGUUUUCGUCCUUCACCUCUCUUUCUUUUGCUGCCAAGUCUGUUCUGGAGGACAAUGGCUUGGCACAGGUGUUCCCCGAACCCAAGGAGCCUGCAGGCCAGAAAUUUGAGCUUAGUGAGUCUGCAUCUCAGAUCUACGCUCUUCUGUGCUCGGUUCCCACUUCGGAACUCAACUUUCUGAAGUCGUUCACUCGACGACUGCUUCUCAAAGACGUGGGGGUGCCUCUGGAUCUUGACGAGCUGCUCCCUCGCAAGGAAAAACAGCAUUUAGUCAUCAGACGAAGCCGUCGGUCGCUGGACAAGACGUCCAAGUCAAGAGAUAGCACUGAUGGAAAGACGCCCCCCGGCGGCUCUCGAGCGGCCACCCCGACUCCUACAGACUCGUCACGUGCCCAGACGCCUGUGACGGUCGAUACCGAGCUCAAGCUCGACUCGUGGCUACGGCUGGUGGAGAUUCGGCCCGAGCAGCGGGAACGAAUGGAGCAGGAAGAGCUUCAGGAGCUGGUCAACCAACUCAAGACGGCCAACUCCGAGGCCAAGCUGCUGCUCAAGCAAUGGGAAGACAAGCUGGCGCUGGGAUACAAGAACAAGGAGGCGUUUGAAGCUGUUGUGGAGAACAUGGUCGGGUUUGCCCAGAAGCAGAGAUUGAAGAAGGGCGGUAAGAAGAAGUGA